AUGUGGGCCAUCUUCGCGCUUCUCGGCAGCGCCCUCGCCGUUCCCUUGUCGGUGCCUCUGUCACCUCUCUCGCCCAUCAUCGCCUAUGACCCCAUCACAUACAAUGGCAACGAAGCCGAUGGGUGGUCGUGGACGAUCCCCAAGGUUGAGUGGAAGCCUCCCAUGCUCGGAGACGGAGCGGCGCUGAAUGUCUCCCGCUCUAAUGCCAAGUUCGCCGCCAACUUCACCGGCACAGGCAUGUUCCUCAACGGCAGCGCGACGACGAACACGACGAUUAUCCGCAUGUGGGACAACAAGGAACUCACUGCCAAGUUUGAGCCAUACACUUUCGCCGGCGCUUACAAGGUCAACCUCGAUGCUGACGGGCACGCCUUUGGCAAGAGCAUGGAACACUCCUGGGGUCUGCGACUCGUCAACGGCAGCCUUGCCGUCGAUCAGAUCGUCGUCCAGACCCAGAUCGACGCGGCAUACACCGCUGGCCGUGAAGCGCCCGAGAUCAACCAGCAGCCCGUGCUGAACAACACCAAGCAGAACCCCAUGUUCAACUGGGAGGGAGAGUGGGAUUGGGUUCAGCAGUUUGAUCCAGGCAUUGGAGCCUUCACAAAGCUGACCGCAGGGUUCGACGACAAGCAGCCCCACGCUCGCGGCAAGCCCGGUGCCCAGGUCUGGUGGCAUAUUCCCGAGGGCGUGGCAUACAUGGCGAUUGGCGGCUUCGUUGGAUACCAGGGCGGGACGUACGAGGUCGAGCUCGCGCCCUCGCCAGGCAACACGACCAAGUGGUCGUACAAUGCCUCGCGCCCGUUCGAGCUCAUCACCCAGAUGUUCAUCACGCCCCUCGACCCGAAGACACGCUACACGUGCUGGCUGCGUAACACUGACAAGAACGCCACUCUGCAGUUCCGCUCGGCACGAUACAAGUUUACCAACCAGGACGCGGCGGACAAGUUUGAGGCGCUCAGCGCCCAGCUGCCUCACGAGGAUAAGAAGAAGAAGAAUGUCGGCGCCAUCGUUGGUGGAACGGUAAGGUCAUAG